AGUAAUAAAUAUAACUGAGUCCUUUGUUAAACAGUCCUUGUCUUGUUAACAGUCUUGUUAACAGUGUUAAAGAGUCCUGUGUUAAACUUAAGAAUAUAUAGAAUACGUGUGAAUUAGCGACAUAUGUGCAUAGAUAAGCCACAUAUUUAUUACAACAUAUGCAAUAAGUAAAUUACAUAUAUAAUUUCAGAUGGACGUAAAUUUAAAUCAAGAAGAUUCGCCGGUACCAACCAAUUUUGGAAAUUUAAAAAUGGAUGCAACAAAAAAGGAGAACAUUAAACUACGAAAAGAAAUUGAAACGCUGCAAUUUCUAUUAAAGCAACAGCAAGGGAAAGCAAUGCCAACUCCAUUAUCGGCAUCAAAUUCGCCACUGGCACAAAAUAGAGCACAAAAAGAACCGGCACAAGAAGAAGAGAUACUACCAGAAACAUCAAGACCUCCAAGAUGGCAGAAAGCGGGAAGAUCGAAAAGAGAAGGUUAUUGCGGUGACCCGUAUAUCCGCGGAAGAGGCCGUGGUGGUUCAAUAUUCAACUUUUUUUGUUAAUUUAAUUCAACUUCUUUUGUCAAUUUAACUUCUUUUAUUAAUUUAAUUCAUUGUGUAUUUUGUCCCGGUGACGAAAUUGAUGGUGAUGGUAGAAUUAAUGUUGCUCUCCAUUGCUGUUGCUUUAAUAGUAUCACAAUUUUGUUUUGUAGUUUAAUAUUCUUUUGUCGAUUUAACUUCUUUUAUUAAUUUAAUUCAUUGUGUAUUUUGUGCCAGUGACGAAAUUGAUGGUGAUGGUAGAAUUGAUAUUGCUCUCCAUUGCUAUUGCUUUAAUAGUAUCUCAAUUUUGUUUUGUAGUUUAAUAUUCUCCCUUUUAGUUGCG